AUGGCUUCUAACGGCAGCGGCUUGACAGACCCCACCAAGGCGUCGGAAGCCAUCAGCAAGGGCAAGGGCAAGGCCGCCGAGGACGACGCCAUGAAGGAUGCCGAAGACAAUGACGACGACGACAUGCAGGAGAUCAACCUCGAGAACGUGGUCGGCCGCCGCACGCGGGGACGGGUCAUCGACUUUGCCAAGGCGGCAGCGGAGAACCCAGCCGCCGACGACGAGGACGAUGACGACGACGACUUUGAGGAUCCGGACAACAACGACACCAAGAUGGACGAGGACUAG